UACGUUGAGGUUUUUCUUCCAUUGUCAACAAAAUCAUCAGAUACGCUGUGUACGUUAACUAGUUUAACAUAAUAGCUGGAAAUUCGGCAGGAAUUUCGGUUAAAUAGACGUUGUAAAGGAUUUCAUUGUUGACAAAAUGAACGUGACUUUGGCUGUCAAGCAGUAUGUGACUAAAAUGAUAGAAAGCAGCGGACCAGGAAUGAAGGUUUUGCUCAUGGAUAAAGAAACGACCAGCAUCGUGAGUAUGGUCUACACACAAUCCGAGAUCUUGCAAAAGGAGGUCUACCUGUUUGAGAGGAUAGACUCACAGAACCGUGACAACAUGAAACACCUGAAGGCCAUCUGCUUCCUGAGACCAACCAAGGAUAAUGUAGAGUGCCUGAUUCAGGAGCUGCGACGUCCCAAAUACAGUGUCUACUUUAUCUUUUUCAGUAACGUCAUCAGUAAGAGUGAAGUGAAGGCCUUGGCAGAAGCUGAUGAGCAGGAGGUUGUUGCAGAGGUGCAGGAGUUCUAUGGAGACUUCAUUGCUGUGAAUCCUCAUCUUUUCUCCCUCAAUCUACAAGGAGUAUCCCGGGGUCGGAAUUGGGAUCCCAGUGUUCUUCCACGUGUCACUCAAGGUUUGACGUCUUUGCUCUUGGCCCUAAAGAAGUGUCCUAUGAUUCGUUAUCAGCUCUCCUCUGACAUGGCCAAGAGACUGGCUGAAAGUGUUAAGCAAAUUAUCAGCAAGGAAUAUGAACUAUUUGAGUUCAGGAAAACCGAAGUUCCGCCUCUUUUGCUCAUCCUGGACCGAAGUGAUGAUGCGAUCACACCCCUCCUAAACCAGUGGACUUAUCAGGCAAUGGUUCAUGAGCUGCUCGGCCUCAACAACAACCGAAUAGAUCUGUCCCGAGUCCCUGGCAUCAAUAAAGACCUGAAAGAAGUGGUGCUGUCUGCAGAGAAUGAUGAAUUCUAUGCCAACAAUUUGUACCUGAACUUUGGUGAAAUUGGAACAAACAUUAAAAACUUGAUGGAGGACUUUCAGAAGAAAAAGCCCAAAGGCCAACAGAAACUGGAGUCUAUUUCUGACAUGAAGGCAUUUGUGGAUAAUUACCCGCAGUUUAAGAAGAUGUCAGGCACGGUGUCCAAGCAUGUGACAGUGGUGGGCGAGUUGUCUCGUCUAGUCAGCGAGAGGCAGCUCAUGGAGGUAUCUGAGGUGGAACAGGAACUUGCGUGCCAAAACGAUCACUCCAGCGCUCAGCAGAAUGUGCGGCGUAUGCUGCAGAACCCACGUCUGACGGAACUCGACGCGGUGCGGCUGGUGAUGCUAUACGCCCUGCGCUAUGAGAGACACAGCAGCAGCAUUUUACCCAGUCUCAUGGAAGAACUAAACAGGAGAGGAGUGUCCGAAAAAUACCGCAAGAUGGUACAAGCCAUGAUCGAGUAUGGAGGCAAACGGGUCAGAGGAAGUGAUCUCAUUACUCCUACAGAUGCCGUGGCCAUCACCAAACAGUUUUUUAAAGGACUCAAGGGAGUGGAGAAUGUCUAUACCCAGCACCAGCCCCUGCUGCAUGAAACCCUGGAUCAGCUAAUUAAAGGCCGUUUGAAGGACAGUCAGUUCCCGUACCUCGGACCGAGUUCUCUGCGGGACAGGCCUCAGGACAUCAUUGUGUUCAUUAUUGGAGGAGCCACAUAUGAGGAAGCACUGACCGUAUACAAUCUGAACCGCACCAUGCCAGGGGUUCGCAUUGUGCUUGGAGGAACAACAAUUCACAACACCAAGAGCUUCCUGGAGGAGGUGAUAUCAGCAGCUGGUUUGAGUCAUGGGGUAGACAGGGGGUCACAUGGAGCCGGACGUCCAUCGACCAGACGCUGAACACUCACCCAUAGUUCUUUUAUUAAUAGAAUACACUGCUCAGAGCUGAAAGCUAUUUAUACAUAUAUAUCCCACUCAUUGCAGACAUUCCUCUUUCCAGUGUUCAGAACAUACCAUAUUGUGUGACAAAGAAAGACUUGAUAUGAUCCAAAACAAGAGGAGGUGAUUGGUUCAGUACAUGCGAGUCACACUUAAGAUUAAUGAGGUCUGUUAACGUGAUCCCUAUUACCCUGCUUUAUGAGAGCAUGAGGAACUCAAUCAGCUCCUCUCCUCACAUAAUCUGACUGUACAGGCGGUAUCUACUGUAUGUACAUUAAAAAGGUAGUUACUGAUGUUCUUACAGGUUAAAUUUAUAAUUAGGGUAAUCUCUAUUCAGCCAGUGUAUUUUAAUAAACUGACAGUAGAUGAUGUAAUGAUAAUAUGACGUAUUACAGCGGACUGUCUCCCUGUUAGUGUGACCCACAUCCCAUUAGUUUCUUAUAUCCAUAUAUGCAGUUACACAUUUACAUUAAUAUUUCCAAUGGCCAUGUGUACAGAGAUGCAUAUUCAGCUUGCAGAGUCAGAUCUGGACCAUAAUUGCAGAUUUUUUUAAAGAUAACUGGACCUAAUGCGUUAAUUAUUAUUAAACACUUUAUUUUGUUAAUGGUUUAAUGGUUAUGUGUCCUUGAACACUUUUCAGUAUUGACUAUGAAACAUUCUUAGCCCCCAAUAACCUUUAGCAGUUGUGGUGACAAACUAAUCAUUUAAAUUGAUUUAAUUAGAUUUGUAUGUAACAUAAAUGACUGAUCAUGGAUGGCAUACCAAAAAAUGAUUGAAUGGACAUUUGGGCAUUUACAAUUAUUUUAACACUUAAUUGCAGACUGUUGAAGUCUAUUCUGAAUCACAUACCUGUAUAAGUUUUUAUUUAACUGUGUGUGUGUGUGUGUGUGUGUGUUUGUCCUCGUGUGACACCCUGUCCUUAUUCUUAGGAUUUCUCUGUGAAUGUACAGUGUGAUAUACUUGAAGAUAUUCUGAAGAAUAAAUAUUUUAAAAAUAAAAAAAAAAUCAAUCAACAUUUA